AAUUAACACAUAGCGCAGGUGCGCAAUUACACAAACUCGUUUCGAUGGACCUCUUCAGACUCCUCUCACGCUCUACGAAACUAAGCAAAAACCAGAAGCGUGUAGGAAGCGAGGUAAAGCUUCCAAGCAGCGGACAAAUCGCGAAUCCUCAAUUGUUCGGAAACCGCCAUUCGCAUGACGCCCGCGAGAGCAAUGACGACUCUACAAAAGACAAUGCGACCGCCGUCCUUGGUAAACGAAAGAGGGAAGGACAAGUAAGAGAGGUUGCACCCACUGAGCUGGAUUUCUUUGGCGGCAUUUCGACAAACGGGAGCAAGAAUGAUUUGGCUGGGACUGGGUCGGCCGAUGACGAGAGCGAAAGCCGUGGUCACAAUGGAUCCCAGAUAAUGGCAGGGAGAGCCAAAAUGGCGGAUGAAGAACGUAGGUCGAUUCUCAAGACGCAUAAGAUCAAAGUGGUCUUGCUGGAGGAGCCACGUGCACAUGUCGCAAAACCUCCGCCAAAGCAAAAAAGUGACGCGACAGCCAUAGACAGCAACAAGCAGCAAAAGCGGCAGAUAUGGCCUGAGCCUCUUACCAAUUUCGCGCAUUUAAGAUCACGAUAUGCAAUAUCACGAAGAUUGGCAGAGAAUAUCGAUGCGCAAGGAUACAAAAUUCCGACGGAAGUGCAGCUAGCUGCAAUUCCGUUGCUUAUGGACGAUGAACCUCUCUGCUCUGAAGCAACCGUCUGGAAUUCAGAGGGCCUUGACCUUCUUGCUGUGGCACCUACCGGAAGCGGCAAGACGUUGGCGUUUCUGCUUCCAGCCAUUAAUUCCAUUUUACGAGACAAAAGGCCAGAAAGAAAUUCGCACACGCAAGCGAUAAUUCUGGCGCCGACUCGGGAGCUUGCCCAUCAGAUUGUGAACGAAGGAAAGAAGCUUAUGCGGAACACUGGCUUGCGCAUCACGCUGAUGCGUAAAGGUAUGCGUCUAGCUGACUCCGAAGUGUCUGCCGGGGACGAUGUCGAAUUUGACAGCAACGAUGAUGAAAACGAGGAGCACGAUGGUCCGCAGAGCCGCCGGGCGGGAUCAGUUGUCAAGGCACAUAUUGUCGUUUCCACACCUCUUGUGCUUGUUCACUCCCUAGAACUUGCCAGCCGGAAAUCAGCUGCAUUAUCCCAAAUUCGGCAUCUAAUUCUAGACGAGGCCGACGUUUUACUUGAUCCCUUAUUCCGUGACCAGGUUGAAACUAUCUGGAAUGCCUGUACAAACUCGGAUUUACGAGUCAGUCUAUGGUCCGCAACAAUGGCGUCAAGCAUCGAAAACUUUGCGAUGCAACAAUUUUCGAAGCUAGGCCAUGCUGGACGAAUACCUAUUGUGCGUCUCGUUGUUGGGUUAAAGGAUACGGCACUUCCUACUGUGACUCACAAAAUGAUAUACACGGGUAAUGAAGCUGGUAAAUUGCUAGCCUUGAGACAGCUUUUGCAUCCGGUUGCUCCAGAUACGGAUUCAGAGGGCCGUAAGGCGUUAAGACCGCCGUUUCUCGUUUUUACACAGACCAUCGAGCGAGCCAAAGCCCUUCAAGCUGAGCUUCAAUAUGACAUUCCACCCGAAGCUGGUGGCUCAGCACGUAUGGCGGCGCUCCAUUCCGAGCUCAGUGAGAAAGCCCGAGAAAACAUCAUGACUGCUUUCAGGAGCGGGGAAAUUUGGAUCAUCAUCACUACAGAUUUACUCGCGCGAGGAGUCGAUUUCCGGGGCCUGAAUGGAGUCGUAAACUACGACGUGCCAACAAGCGCAACAGCAUACAUUCAUCGCGUCGGACGCACUGGGCGAGCUGGCAGAGAAGGAGGCGUUGCUGUCACGUUUUACACAAAGGAAGACAUACCCUACGUCAAACCAAUCGCAAACGUUAUAGCUGCCAGCGAAAAACUACGUGCUGCAGGAAAUGGGUCAAACGAGCCCAAGGAGCUGCAACAGUGGAUGCUAGAUGCCCUGCCCACGACUUCGAAACGUGAAAGGAGGGAGCUCAAGAAGCGGGGCGUCGAGAUGAGACGUGCUGGUGCUAAGACUGCCAUGAUAUCGACCAAAAGCAGCUAUGACCGUAGACAUGGCGGCAAAAGGAAUACCACAAACCGUGGCGCAAGGGACCAGAAGCCCCAGAAAACUUCACAGGAAGAAGAACCUGACUUUGCAGGGUUUAGCGACUAAUAUAUAAGUGCUAGCGUUCGCCUAAAAUCAAUCUAUCAAUGUGCCUA